AUGACCAAGUCCAAGAGCCACACCACACACAGCCAGGCCCCAAAAUGGCACAUAAAUGGCAUCAAGAAACCCCAGUCACAAAGAUACGGAUCUCUAGAAGGGGUAGACCCCAAGUUCCUGAGGAACAUGUGCUUUUCCCAGAAGCACAACAAGAAAGGCCUGAAGAAGGUGCAGGCCAACAAUGCCGAGGCCGUGAAUGCGCCAGCCGAGGCUCUUAGCCCUCCUAAGCCCAAGGAGCUGAAGCCCAAGAUCCUAAUGCUCAGUCGUCUUGCCCACUUGGCUCACCUCAAGCUUGGGAAGUGUGCUUAUGGCGUGGCCAAGGGUCUCAGGCUCUAGCCAAAGUUCAAGGCCAAGGGUUGGACCAAGCCCCAGGAUGAGGCUGAGGCUCUGGCUCUGGCUUCCAAAGUUGCCCAGAGCCCCAUGGAGGCUCCGCAGCAGAGCCUCUGUCUGCCCAUGUGA